GGGAGCUCGUUGCUGCGCCGGCCGCGGAAUCGCCCGAGCAGGCGGGGCGGGGCCGAGCGGGCGGGGGGAACCGGAGGAGUCCUUGCCUUUGCCGCCGCUGCCGCCGCCGCCAGUGGAAUUGUCUGAAACCCUCUGGGUUCUUCUGUUGCCAUGGAGACCUCCUGAGAUGCUACAUCUGCCACUGGCUUCCCAUAUCCCACACCCUGUGGACCCACAGGCUGGUUUUUCUGGUUUGCUCCCCCCAGGGCAAUUUGCAUAUUUCUCCAAGAACCUUCAGGAAGCUGAGCAGCCUGUUUCCAGACUUGGAGAGAGGAGAGGCCAGGGGAAGCCAGCAACUGUUUUCUGAAAUCUGGGGCUGGAAAUGGCCACGUGCAACAGUUCAAGUGAGGGGCUGCCUCCGGUGGCCGAGCCAGCCGUGGAGGGGGAGCCUCAUCUGCCCGUGGGCCGGGAGCUGGCUGAGGCCAACCGCUUUGCCUAUGCCGCCCUCUGUGGCAUCUCCCUGUCCCAGCUAUUUCCAGAACCUGAGCAAAGCUCCUUCUGCACGGAGUUUGUGGCGGGCCUGGUGAAGUGGCUGGAGUUGCCUGGAGCCGUCUUGCCAACCAUGACCGCUUUUGCCAAUGGCCUGGGAGGCGAAGGAGCAGACGUGUUUGCUGCCAUUUUAUUGAAGGACCCCAUCUUGAAGGACGACCCAUUGGUGAUCAUUCAGGACCUUCUGAGCUUCUCCCUCCAGGAUGGGUGUUAUGAUGCACGGGCCCGAGUCCUCAUUUGCCACAUGACCUCCCUCUUCCGAGUGCCCGUGGGGGAGCUGGAUCUCCUUGAAGAGACGUUCCUUGAGAGCCUGAAGGAAACCAAAGAGGAGGAAUCUGAAACGGCUGAGGCAUCCCGGAAGAAGAAGGAAAACCGGAGGAAAUGGAAGCGCUAUCUCCUGAUAGGCCUGGCAACUGUCGGAGGCGGGACGGUGAUCGGCGUCACCGGGGCGACUAUCAUCGGCAGUGCCGGGGCAGCGGCCCUGGGCUCGGUGGCUGGCAUCGCUGUCCUGACCUCGCUGUUUGGUGCGGCUGGAGCCGGCCUGACAGGAUACAAGAUGAAGAAGCGUGUCGGGGCCAUUGAAGAGUUCACAUUUCUGCCUCUGACAGAAGGCAGGCAGCUGCAUAUCACCAUCGCCAUCACAGGGUGGCUGGCGUCUGGCAAAUACCGUACCUUCAGUGCCCCGUGGGCGGCCUUGGCCCGCAGCCGCGAGCAGUACUGCCUGGCUUGGGAGGCCAAGUACCUGAUGGAGCUCGGCAAUGCCCUGGAGACCAUCCUCAGUGGUCUCGCCAACAUGGUAGCCCAGGAGGCCCUGAAGUACACAGUGUUGUCUGGCAUCGUGGCUGCCCUGACCUGGCCAGCCUCACUCCUCACUGUCGCCAACGUCAUCGACAACCCCUGGGGCGUGUGUCUCCAUCGAUCCGCAGAGGUUGGCAAGCACCUGGCCCACAUCCUGCUCUCCCGGCAGCAGGGCCGGCGACCUGUCACCUUGAUUGGCUUCAGCCUGGGAGCCAGAGUCAUCUACUUCUGUCUGCAAGAGAUGGCUCAGGAGAAAGGUACCGAAGAUACAAAGGGAAGGAACUACCAAACAGUGAAUACCUACUGUAACAGGGGUUUCCAGACCCUAUCCCAUGGAGCCUUCCCAACAGCCCUGCAAGUGAGGGAUUCUCGGGCCACUUUCCAGAUGAGGACAUGGGCACAUGGAGAGGUGCUCUCUAGUCCCGACCCCCACAGCCGGACAGCACAGGGCCAGCCUCAGACCCCUGCUUACACGCUAUCUGAGCAAAAGCUCUGCUCAUCCAGGCACGACUGGACUUUCUGGCAGCAGCUGCCAGAAAUGGGCUACUAUUUCAGUGACCUUGUGCUUUUCAAAUGAAAAUCAGGAGGAAAUGGUCUGAUGAAGAAUUUCUUGUAAGAAAAGAGAAAGAAAGAAAAAUUGGAUCCCGUCAGGGACAAGUCCCCUUUUUUGAAAAUGACCAAAACUAUACACAAGCAAGGUGGUGUGGCGCAUUUUAAAAAUGCAAGGGAACUUAGAUGGGGUUGUUUCUGAGAAUUCCACGGCAUCCCAGAGGACACUGAGAGGCCCCUGCCACGUGGCAGACUCAUAUGGAGAAAUCAUUGGCAGAGAGGAGGAAGACCAAGUUCAUGAUGUGUCAUUACCUGUGAACUGGGCUUAGCCUAAGAGGUCCGUGGAUGCACACUCAUGCUCACAGAGAUGUUCAAAGACGCAGGCUGCGGCUGGGUCUUGGCCGUUCCACAGUCCGGGGCUCUGCUUUUGGCAGGCCACUCAUUCAAAGAGAUGGCGGGGUUUGUCACACAGAAUUAUUGCCACCAGCAGGUUGAUCAACACUGUCUUCCCUGACUGUUCCUCACCAGCAGUCAUUGUGCUAUUCAUUUCAAAAUGGAAUAAAGAGUUGUAAAGCAGCACUCCUAAAAACAAAGGAAAUUUCCAGAGAUGAGAAACAAGGAGGAAGCAGAAACAGGGAGGAAGAGUAAGCAUGUGCCCUGACUGGAGAGAGAAAAAAAAAAGUUUCUUUGGGGAAUUCAGAGACACGGGAUAAGGUAUCACUGGGAUUUAGGGGUCAUGAUUAUAUUACCUGCAGGAUCCAGGAACCCCCCAGGUCAAAAACCUGACACCAGACUACUCUGGAGAAAAUAGGUCCUCAAUCCAGGCCACAUGUAAGACCAACUUAAAGAUGAGCCCAUGAUCCAGACUUCUGAAACGCACAAGGAAAAGCCCAACCAUGUGGGAAAGUCACAGAAACAACAAACACCAGGAAUAGACCCUCAGUCUCUGACAGAAUGGUUUGAAGGAGCACCCUCUGAAAAAAUAAGUAGGUUUACAAUUAUUAAAGACCUAAAUUAAAACAUAAAUAAGGCAAAAGAAGACGACACUGGUGGGGGUGGGGAAAGACAGGGAAAUUUGACAAUAAAUCAAAUGAAACUUCUAGAAGUGAAAAACCAAGGUCAUUGGGAUGACCUUAGUUGGAUGAGUUAAAUAGCAGAUUAGAUAAAGCUGGAGAGAGAGAUCGCGAAUUGGAAAUUUUGAUGUGAAGAAAUUACCGACAGUGCACCAUGGAGAGGUAAGGAGCCAAGAGAUGGAGAGGGAAGUUAAGAGCUUACCAGUUGCCUAAUACCAGCUCCAAAAGAAGAGAAAAGGGGAGAGAUGCAGUUUGUUGGCUGAUAAUUUUCCAGAAUUGAUUCCUGAGAUUCAAGAAGCAUGUUUGAGCAGGAUAACUAUCUCACCCACACCCACCAUAGUCAGAUUGUAGAACUGCCAGGAUGAAGAGAAGACUUUAAAAGGGAAGAAGAAAAAGAUUGCUUACAAAGAGAGAGCGACUAGACUGUGGAGACCUCACAAAACAACAAUAGAAGCCAGAGAAGAAAGAAAAAGAACGGUCGUAUCAUUCAAGAGAAAAGAGCACAGAUAUUUUCAAACCGAGUACUUUUACCUGUAACAGACUUUUGCUGCAAUAACCACUCAAGGAUCUACUUCAGAAAGCAGUGAAUGGGGCACUUGGCUGGCUCAGUCUGUAGAACAUGCGACUCUCGAUCUCAGGGUUGAGUUCAAGCCCCACAUUGAGUUCAGAGCU